AUGGCGUGGCGUUUUAAACCAAGCAAGUACAAAAACACAACGCCCAAAGUGCCGAAAAAAGAGGACACGAUUUUUGAUCUCCCAAUUGGUGCUCUUUCUGUGACGAACAAUGGGGUGCAAUGUAGUGCAACACAUAUCGUCUUUUGCAUUAAAGGAGAAGGAGGAAAACUGGGAGUAGUGCCGGCGGAAGCGAAAGGUCGCCGUCUCCACAAGGAUCUCUCGGUGAUCUGCGCACACAGUGAUCAAGUCGACGAUUUCUCAUUCUUCCCUUUUCAUAAUCAACUCCUUGCCACUUGCUCUCGAGAUGAACCGGUCAAAUUGUGGCGCGUCGGAGAAGAAGGCUCAAAUCCGAUCCUCGAGGCAUCAAUGGAGUUGGGAUCCGGGCAAUUACUUGGAUCUCUUUCGCCUCAUUCAACGGCUUCGGGACUCGUCGCCUAUACAAGCACCGAAUCAACUAUUGUGGUCGACUGGGAAAAACAAGCAGUUUCCUAUGAGUUGAAUGGCCUAGUGACACAAGGGUUAUCGUGUGGAUGGUCAGAAGACGGAAAAUUGCUUGCAGCAUCAAGUGAUAAGGGAAGAAUGGGAUCGAUCUGGGAUCCGCGAGCUGGAAAAGAUCCGAUUCAAGAGCUCAAAUUGCACCAGGGAAUGGGUCGCGAGGCGAGGAUUCUAUUUGCCGGACAACGAAUUGUCAGCAGUGGAUUCUCAAACAAACGAGUUCAAGAGAUUCGUGUUUUCGAUCACGGUAAAUGGGAUGCGCCGGUUCAUUUGGAGGAAUUCACGGCAACUACUGGAUUGCUCAUCCCAAUUUAUGAUCCCGACACACAACUUGUUUUCCUCGCCGGAAAGGGAACCAAUAAACUCUUCAUUUCCGAGCUGCAAGAAAGACAACCUGUUCUCUCAAAAGUUUAUGAAAUGACACUAUCAGAGCAAUUACUUGGUGCUUGUUUGGGUACAAAGAAUGGUUUGAAUGUGAUGAAUGGAGAAGUGGCGACAUUUUAUGAGCUCUCAAGUUCUUCUCUCAUUCCAUUCCCGUGCAUUGUGCCUCGAAGGUCUUACCGUGAAUUUCAUGCGGAUCUUUUCCCCGAUACUCGGGGAGAUGUUGCUGGAUGUUCGGCCGAACGAUGGAAAAAUGGAUCGGAUGAACAGCCCGGAACAAUUUCUCUGGCUCCGAAAAAUUACAUUCCUUCUGCAGCUACAAACUGCGAAACACCAAAAGCUGCGCCAGCUCAACAAGUCGCAAAGCCAAUGCCAACUCCCAGACUUAAUGAACCAACGCAUGCUCCAGUGGAAAACAACGGACGAACAAAUAUCAAAAUUGCAUCGAAUGAGAGUCCAAAGAAAGUCGAUUCGGAUAGUCGGGAUCCAUCACCAAAUAGCGAGAAAGAAAAUAUUAAAGCGGCGAAUAUUCCGAAGAAAGAGGUUGAAAAGCCAGUUAUCAAGCUUCGCGAAUCAAAGCCUGGAACACCAGCGAAGACAUCAAAUAUCCGAGCCUCGGUGCUAGGCACGAUGGUCUCUCGCUUCCGCCAUGUCGAAGUCCUUGCCGGUCUUAAAGCUAACGGAAUCUUCACAAAUCUUCGAGAUAUCAACACCCGACCGCCACUUGAAUCAAGCAGCACUUGUGUCUCAAAUUCCUUUGCGGCCGUCCCACUCGUGAGUGUUGCCGGCACAUUUCUCAUUCUUGAUCUUGAAAAUCCAUGCAAAUUGAAAGACGGGAUUCCAGAUGCAAUUUACAACAAAGCUUAUGUCACCGAUCUUCAAUGGAAUCCUUUCAAUGAAAAUGAGUUGGCAUGCGGUACAGAUACUGGAUUGAUCAAUAUUUGGAGACUUUCAAAAGAAGAUGAGAAUCGUUCUGAAAUGAGUCCGGCUCGAGUAUUGAUUGUUAAAGAAAAGGUUACCUGUUUACGCUAUCAUCCAUUGGCAAGCGAUUUGCUCGCUGUGGCUCUUUCCGAUGGAUCAAUCUCUCUAUGGAACACUGAAAAAGGAACUUGCGAGCGUCAAGUCCAAGCACAUGAUGGAGGAAUUCUGUCAAUCACUUGGAGCGCGGAUGGGAAACGGCUUGCCUCGAUUGGAAAAGAUUUGAUGCUCAGAAUUUGGUCGCUGCAAACUGAGGCAGUUCUUUUGCAAGAAAAGAACUGUUUGGAGAGCGGAAAAGCCGGACGAGUGGCUUUUGUGUGUGAAGAUCGGGGUAUUCUUGUGGUCGGAUUCACAAAAGGCGCUUCUCGACAGGCUUGGAUGUACGAUUCGAACAAUCUCGACUCAGUCUACACACAUCAACUGGAAAGUGGGGUUCAACCGCUCAUUCCACACUACGAUUUUGAUUCAUCGGUGUUGUUCUUGACUGGAAAGGGUGAUCGCACCGUGCAAAUGUUUGAGAUCUCAUGGGAUAGCCCCUAUUUCUUGCCACUCGCCUCGUUCACUCAACCAAGUGGUCAUCAAGCCGUCGCUUACCACAAUAAAUCAAUUUGCAACGUUAUGGAGAUCGAGUUCCAAAAAGGUUGGCGGCUAACGGAGAAAAGCCUUGAGUCGUUGAUCUUCCGUGUUCCCAGAAUAAAGAAAGAUAUCUUCCAAAGUGACCUUUUCCCGGACGCAAUUGUCACAUGGGAACCGGUGAUGGGCGCCCAAGAAUGGCUCUCCGGCAACGAGUCACCGCCCAAGUAUCGCUCUCUGUGUCCAAGUGGUAUCACAGCUAAAGCCGUUAUUCCAAAACCCCAGCCAGCGCCAGUGGCCAAAGUUGGACCAAAAGUAUUGGACGUCGUUCAAGAGACCACAUCAACAGAAGGCAAAGAAGAGCCAUCAAUGACAGCUCCUAGCCCAUCAAAUGGAGUUCAUAAUGAUAAUUUGGGAAAGAAGAGCACGAGAGACCAGAUUGCUGAGCAUCAGUACAAUGUUCCAAAGAAGGCACCAUUGGCUGUGAUGGAUGAUGAGGAAGUGAAAAGGGAAGUGGAAGCCUCGUGGUCGCAUAAGAUCGAUGUCGAUCACGCUUUAGAACAAGAUCAAAUGGAAGGUGUUGCUGAAGAAGAGUGGAUUGAUGAA